UAUUAUGUAUAUGUAGAGAGAGAGAGAGGAGGCGGAGGAGAGAGAGAAGGGAACAGCUCCUCUCAGAUCUGCCACCCUCUGCUGUCUGAACCCUUCUCUAAUCCUCUGCUCAUACCUGAAUUCAGGAAUCGAACGGAUUACUGAUUUUUCACCAUUCGAGGAGAGGUAAGGGUUUGCGAUUUUCGAUUUUUUUGCGGGAUGCAGAAGAACAAGAGAAUCGAUAACGAUACCGGCGAGGUGGAUUUGUUGGCGGCGGGGUCGUCGUCGUCUUCGUCAUCAUCGUCGCCGCCGAGAUCACUGCCGAUUUCGUCCGCCGGCGUCAAUUACAUACUACACCCGGUCUCCAAAUUCGACACUCUCGCCGGCGUCGCCAUCAAGUACGGUGUCGAGGUUGCAGAUAUAAAGAGAUUGAAUGGUUUGCUGACUGAUCAUCAAAUGUUUGCUCUCAAGACGAUUCAAAUACCAUUGCCGGGGAGGCAUCCGCCGUCCCCGAAUUUGAGCAACGGUCACGACGCUCCUCAAAGGCCGAGCAGCUCCGAGCAGACGCCGCCGAACCGUCGUCAUUCCGACAUAAUCAGUUCACUGCAAUCGCUGAAAUUAAAAUCGUCCGAUCGGAAGGUCACUCCUGCCAUGAGCACUUUACAAAGCUACUACGGCCUCAAACCGCCGAAUCAAAAGACGCCUGCGGAAGGUUUCGAAAUGGCCGUUUAUCGAAACGGAAUCGCGCAGUCUCCCGAUCCCGACGACCCAUUCUCGACACGGGUAUCUCUUCCUAACCCCCCGCUGAGCCAUCAAAGAAAAUCGAAAAGCGUAUCCAAUGGAUUGAUGUCCGCAAACGGCACCCUGCACGUCCCGCUUUUGUUGCAAGAAUCGAAGGAGAGCAGCAGCGCCGAGAAAUUGCUCGAUAGGCUGGUGAGGCGGCGGCAGAAAUCUGAGGCUGAUUUUGCGUCGACGACCCCGCCGGAGAAACUUCUCAAGGAGGAAAACAACACCGGCAGCAGCGCGGUAUCGGCAAUCACCGGAAAACGAUUGGCUCUGAGGCCCAAGUCGGCGAACCGAAGUGGCGGAGGAGGCGAUCCUGACCCGGUCGGGAUUAACGCGCCGAUCGUCUCUACAGGUAUGGGCGAUUCGUUUCUGACCGAUAAUUUUGAAGGGGUGCGGAAAUCGUCGAGUGCGUCGAGCUUGCAGGAGUCGGAUAACGGUGCGUUGUCGUCGAUAUGGCCUACGGCUAAGUGGAGUUUGAAACCCGACUUUCAGGCGCUGUCUUCUGCGGCUAUGCCUAUGUUCGAUGGACUGCCGAAGCCAAUGGGUCGGAGGAACAAAGCCGCGCUCGAUUAGGGAGGUCGACGGCGAUCGAUCGAUCAAUCGGUAUUGGGUAUUUUUCGAGAUGAUCUUAGGGAGGAAGGUUAUAGGAGGGAUGGCUUGCCGGUACGAAGAUAAAUAUAUAUAUAUAUAUAUAUAUACAUGAAUACUUACAUUUAUGCGAGGAUUAUGGAUGGCCUUUGGUUAUCGUUUUGAUGAAAUUAUACAUGUAUUUGUAUGUAUUUGUAUACAUUGAAUAUAUAUUUAUGUAUUUAUAUUUAUUUAUUUGGUAGGAUUGGAGCUGAGAUGGGUUGAGAGA